ACGUCAAGAACCUGCUUUAACAAAAAUAAUACCUACCUUCCUAAGGCUACCUACCUCCUACCAACCUAAUAUCAACAAUCUAUACCAAAGAGUAUGGACCCCGAAACAACCGAAGUCAAAGAGGAUUCCUGCUACGUCGGACUCACCUACGACCAUCUGAGCGUCAACAGUGUGAUGAACAGAGUUCGCAGCCCUCAAGCAGGUGCAAUAGUCAUGUUUGCGGGCACGACCCGUGAUAACUUUGGCGGAAAGCCUGUGAAGGAACUUCAGUACUCUGCUUACAACCCAUUGGCAUUGCGCACCAUGCUGUCCAUAUGCAAAGAAAUCCGUGCCGAGUAUGGCCUCAUAUCAAUAGCUAUGGUCCAUCGUCUUGGAACUGUACCCAUCGGAGAGGAGAGUAUUCUCAUAGCAGUGUCUGCCCCGCACAGACAAGCUGCGUGGCGAGCCGGUGAACGAGCCCUUGAAGACUGCAAAGAGCGUGUUGAAGUCUGGAAAAGAGAAGAAUUCGAAGGCGAAGACGGCGUUUGGAGAGCAAAUAGGGACGGCGCAAAAGGGACAUUCAAGUCCUAACCCGCACUUUCGCCUCCGCAGUCACUCCAACAUCAAACCAAACCUAGCAACCUGACAACUUCAGGUUUCAUAAAACCUAAUUAAACUAUAGGGCUACCCUGGAUGGUGUCUUAUCUCACUGUUAAUUAAGGAAAUGCAUGCAAUUCGACACUCGAGUUACACUCCGUAAUCCGCAACUAAGCCUCUGAGGCCGUACGUACAUAUCAUGUGUAUGCGGUUCAGUAAUAGGAUAUUACACACUACCCAAGGCUCCUAUUUCAAGCCCUACGUUAAUCAUUUCUCUGGAACGGGCUUUCUCUAUUAAAAAAAAACCCCUGCUCUUUGUACUGACUGAGUUUUAUCGAGAUUGUCGACUUCCAAGGGGGUAAAUAUAAGAAUAAAUCGUUCCAUUCAUUAAUUAACCGGUUAAAUCCUAGGUACAUCGAGAUGGUGUGUUCAGGGGACCACUCGUGCAGAACUCGCAAUUCAAUCGGCAAAGAUUAACAAUGCUCCAUAAUACCAUUUAUUGGGCACCUGGCGAAUAAUUGAUAAUUGACCAUAGCAUAGUAUUUUUUUUGUUAUAUAUUUUUUGCCGAACUUUCCGUA